AUGAUGCGGCACGUCUGCGGGGUAUCCUCCGAGUGGAUGGAGGACGUGACACGGAGCAUGCACCGCCUCGUCGGAACCAUUACGCGCCUACUCAAGAUGUCCACCAAGGAGAAACUGAUCAGCCAUGUGUCCAAGGAAGAGGCCAUUGGCAGCAUGAACAAAGUGACUGUUGUGGGUGUUGGCAUGGUAGGAAUGGCCUCCGCUGUCAGCAUUCUGCUCAAGGACUUGUGUGAUGAGCUGGCCCUGGUGGAUGUUAUGGAGGACAAACUCAAGGGUGAGGUCAUGGACUUACAGCAUGGUUCCCUCUUCUUGAAGACACACAAAAUUGUAGCUGACAAAGACUACAGUGUGACAGCUAACUCAAAGGUGGUGGUGGUGACCGCGGGAGCCCGUCAGCAGGAAGGAGAGAGCCGCCUCAACCUGGUUCAGCGCAACGUCAACAUCUUUAAGUUUAUCAUCCCGAAUAUUGUCAAGUACAGUCCAAACUGCAUCCUCAUGGUGGUCUCCAACCCAGUGGACAUCCUGACAUAUGUGGCCUGGAAGUUGAGCGGCUUCCCCCGCAACCGUGUCAUUGGCUCUGGAACAAACCUUGACUCUGCUCGUUUCCGUCACCUCAUGGCAGAGAAGCUCCACCUGCACCCAUCGAGCUGCCAUGGCAUGAUUAUUGGAGAGCAUGGAGACUCCAGUGUACCUGUUUGGAGUGGCGUCAAUGUAGCUGGAGUGUGUCUUCAGGGUUUGAACCCAGAUAUGGGAAGUGCUGCUGACAGUGAGAACUGGAAAGACGUUCACAAACAGGUUGUUGAUGGAGCCUACGAAGUCAUCAAGCUGAAGGGCUACACCUCCUGGGCCAUCGGUCUGUCUGUGGCUGAUCUGGUAGAAAGCAUCAUGAAGAAUAUGCACAAAGUGCAGCCUGUGUCCACUCUGGUCAAGGGAAUGCAUGGAAUUAAUGAGGAGGUUUUCCUGAGCGUACCCUGUGUCCUGGGGAACAGUGGCUUAACUGACGUGAUCAACAUGACUCUGAAGGCCGAUGAGGAGCAGCAGCUGAGGAAGAGUGCUGAGACUCUCUGGGGAGUACAGAAGGAGCUCACCCUGUGA